AACGAGGGGAAGACUUUCAAAGGGAAAUCUCAGUCUCAUUUCCGAAUGGCGCCAGCGGAAGCGUUCCGGUGGUGCGCCGCCGUGUUAGCGCUGAUGCUGUGUCUUCUUGUCUCCCCAUCAACGGCGAUCUACUGCGACGAGGACGAUUGCUACGAUCUCCUAGGGGUUUCGCAGAAUGCUAAUGGUUCGGAAAUCAAGAAAGCCUACUAUAAGCUCUCACUAAAAUAUCAUCCGGAUAAAAAUCCCGACCCUGAAUCGAGACAGCUGUUUGUCAAAAUCGCCAAUGCCUAUGAGAUUUUGAAGGACGAGGCGACGCGAGAGCAAUACGAUUAUGCAAUUGCACAUCCAGAGGAGGUAUUUUACAAUACAGCCCGUUACUAUCGUGCAUAUUAUGGUCAUAAAACAGAUCCCCGUGCUGUCCUGGUUGGCCUUCUUUUGAUUCUAUCAGCAUUUCAGUAUCUCAAUCAGUGGACAAGGUAUAAUCAGGCUAUAGAAAUGGUCAAGAAGACGCCUGCUUACAAAAAUAGAUUACGGGCUUUGGAACUCGAACGCAGCGGAGGAACCACAAAUAAGAAGAAGACUAACAAGCAGAUGACCAAGAAAAUUGAAGACGAUCUUGGAAAAGAACUUGAACUGCAGAUAAAGGGAGCUGAAAAGCCCUCCAUCUGGGAUCUUGUUGGUCUCCGUUUCGUACUCCUACCUUACACCAUUGGAAAGCUAUUAUUAUGGACAGCUUGUUGGUUCUGGAGAUACAAGGUGAAAAAAGCACCCUAUUCUUGGGAAGAUGCCUCUUACCUAACACGAAGAUCCCUUGGAGCUCCCUUUGAAGCAUGGAGAAAUAUUGAUGACUCCACGAAGGAAGAUCUUGUUCAUAGACGUUUAUGGGAGAAAUCCAACAUGGAAAGCUACCUGUCUGAGAUGCGGAAAGAAUCAAAGCGCAGGAGAUAAUAGAUUUUGUGGCUUUGCUUCCAAGUACUCUUGAAAUGCUGACGACACAAUUUUGAUAAAGUCAACCUAUACGGAAGAGUUUACGCAUAAUUAUACUAAGAUACUUCUACUGUAGUCUGUAGGGGUUGUUUUAUUGGAGUAGACUCCAGAGGUGAGCUUAUGUUAGUUUUGUGGCGCCCUUGUUGGCUAUAUUUGUUUGAUUCUAAUAUAUAACAUUAGAUGAUUUACUUUUGUAAACCCAUUAUGAGAGACCCAUUUUUCCUUUUA